AUGGGAACAUCGUGGCGCUCACGUGCUCCAUGCCCUGCAGGUCUCCUUCCUUCUCAGCAGCAACAACAACCACAGUCGAGCCAGUCUGGACAGACUAAUUCAUUACUGCAACCAUCACAACAGCAGGGUCAGGUAAUGUUGGUUUCGGGUCCCUCGACACUCACUAAUACCGCAAUUCCCGGCCAACUACAGUUAGUUGCUCAGACACAACAGCAAGGUGGAUCUGCUUCAGCGGCAGCCGUGGUUGUAGCGGCUACAUCUACAGCAUCAUCUGUUAAUCCGACGCCAAGUGGUAGUGGAACUGGGGGUGUACUGACGAACAAACAGGCGGCCAUUGCACAGAUGGCCGCCAAAGCAACCCCUGAAGAGAUAGCUCAGGUCAACCAAGUGAUCACUAUGAUCAAAGCCACUGGGGCCAGUACAGAAGAGCAGAAUAAACAGUUCAUCUCCUGGAUUAAGCGGCAUCCAGAAUAUCAUCCCGCUUUCUUUGCGCUGCAUUCGCAGAACAAGCAAGCAAGUCAGCGAGCUCAGCAACAGCGUCUGGCCGCAGCCGCUGCAGCCUCUGCAGCCGCACCAAUAGGUGCAGCCGGUUCUUCCGUAUCCUCAUCAGGUGUCCAGGUCCCUUUAUCCUCUGGCUCCUCAUCUAGUUUGAUUCCUCUUGCUGGUCUACCUGUCUCAUCAUCUACCGCUUCCACUCCUAUCUCCUCUACCAUCGGUAAUACCCCGAUGUCCGCUGUCACUUCCGGCUCGACUGGCCAGUUAUCAGCAGCACCUGUGCCUGUUGCCAGCCUCGUGCCGGUCAGUCAAGCUGGUUCGGGCGGCCCUCCUGUACAGUGGGUAAUACAACAGUCACAGCCGGGUCCCGCGACUUUAGCUCCAAUCGCCUCGAACAUCACCUCUUCCUCUUCAUUACCUCCAGGCACGGCAAUCUCCACUGGCUCCGUUUCCUCGCUUAAUGGCCCCGUAGCAACGAUGCUGCAACCCCAUCUGUCCGGAAAGCCUACUUUAAUGGCAUCAUCAUCUGCCCCUAUUCCGCAACAACAGUUUCGAUUUCGGACAGUCUCCUCUAAUGUGAACAAUGGACUUACAGUUCAGCACCAGUCCUCGAUUUCUGGGCAACAGCAGCAGCAAUCUGCAAACCAUAUUCAGGCUACCAGUAUCGGUCAGACACAGAUUUAUUCGCACCUGCAAGCAAGUUCUGGGCAAGGACCUGGCUUAGUUCCAACAAAUGCUCCUGCCCCUCUAGCUGGCGGAUCCGGAGGCUGUACAACAAGCACUACUACUACCACCACUUUCACUAAUGGCUGUAAUACAAAUUCCGCACCCUCUUCCGUUUCUCUUCAAAAUGCCCAGCAACAGCAACAACAAAUUUCCGGCCACCAAGUAAUCUCCACAACCCCUGUCAAUGCCGGCACGUUGAUGCAUUUCCGGCCAGCAGGCACUGGCUCUCUGACUACCCCACAAUCCCAGCCUCAAGCUCAUAUUCUAGCCUCUCAUUCUCACCAGCAUUCGCAUGCACAUGUCCAAACUCAGGGACAGAUUCACAGUCAUUCUACCCUCCCGCAUAGCCACUCACAUCCGCAUGCCCAGGUCCACCAAUCGCAACUGGUUAGUGCUCAGUCACAGCCCUUUCUUCUAACUUCCAGUCCUCAAACCUCAGUCACUGCAUCUCCUACUAUGACUGUGCCAAACACAGCUGGACGGGGCCCUAUUGUCGCGGCGAUGUCGAGUGCAGCUGCUGCCAGUAACUGCAGUAGUAGUAUCAGCACAUCCACCUCGGUGGGAUCCAACGCGCCACCUGGCGUUCUUUCCACUCCAACCAUUCUGCUUUCCACCCAGUCUUCGACUGGCACCAGCGGAAGCAGUGGUGGCGCUGGUAGUGGCAUGGCACCCAGUCGUCUGCUCGGACAGACCAAUCAACCAAACAGCCAGUCAUCUUCUGGAGGCCCUGCGCCGGCCAGCUGA